AUGCCAGUCAUCUUGCCCAAAAUAACGCAGAUCAACGUUUGCCUGUCAGACGAAACGGCGACCCCAUCAAUGCUUAAAAUCAUGGAUGUUUAUGACACGGCCGCCCCGGUGCCUCCUGGGGGUGAAAAGCGCUGUGGUUCAAACUGCUACGAAGCACCUGGAGUACCUCUGGCAAAAAAAGCCGUUUCCAUUUUCCGGGAAAAUGGCGAAUUUGCGGUGGAUAUGAUUGAAAAACAAGUUCUGCUGGCAGGUAUCUUGUGAGGGAGUAUUCCGUCUUGUCGCUGGGUGCAGGUGUGAUCACUGUGCUGAUCCG